AUGCGUUUGAGUUCAUACUAUACAGUAUACGGUCGUCUAUACGGUGUGUGUGUGUGUUACAGCGCGGCGCUGAAACAGGCGCAGGGGCAUGCGUCGCGUAGCAUGAGCGGUGCGCGCGCGCACGAGCCCCGCGAGCCGCGCCACCACCGCUCACACCCGCACCACCACCAGGAGCUGGUGGGACCCGUUACAAGUCCAAACAAUAACCCUAUGGGAGUCAGUUUUUUCGUGUUACGUAAGAAUAGCGAACAUAACUGUGCUGGUCGGGAACAGAAUCCGCAUACCGCGGCGGCGUCGUAUUAUUCAGUAGUUUCCGAGAAAGAUCCAGAGAGAUCUGUAUAA